AUGGACACUCAGAAGGUAAGAAGAUCAUUUAUCUCAAAAUCCUCAAACCUCUGAUUUAUCUAAGGGCGAGAGAGAGAGACAGAGAGAAACAGAGAGAGAGAGACACAGAGAGAUGGGGGGGGGGGGCUUUGGCUGCUAGCCACUGACAGUUAGCUAAUCCUCUCUCUCUCUCUCUGUCUCGCUCCUUUAUUCUGCCUCAGUGAAGAUUCAGGUCAGUUUAUUAUAAAACCACCAGAGUUGAACUGAAACAGCAAAGAGAUUAAAGAGGACUCUGUGUGUAGGUGUGUGUGUGUGUGUGUCCGUCUGUGUAUGUGUAAAUUUCAGUGUGUGUGUAUAUCUGAGUGUGUUUGUGUUUGACAGGAAGCGCUCUGCAGGAUCAUCAGCACUUUAUCCAAUAAGAACGAGGAGCUCCAGACCUUCUUGGACUCAGUUGACGACACGCUGACAGGACUCCAGGUAAAAGCUGAUUGGCUAGCUGAGGGAAGGGGGCGGGGCCUUAGAGAGGGAUAGAACUAUUAAAAAAAACUGACCGACCUUUUUUUUAACCAGGAAGAGUCGAGUAAGGUGUUGGUUGAGCUGGAGGCGGAGCUUGAGAAGCUUAGUGCUGUCCUGGAUGAAAAGGGGGCGGAGCUUCGUGGCAUAAUUAAAGAGGAGAGCAAAAGGAAAGAGGCAGAGCUUCAGGUUCUUUUUGUUCUUAAACCUUUUUUCUUUUUUUCCUUUUUAUUGAGAAAUGAUUUCAUAAGAGUUUAAAUUCACAUUGACUGAUAUUUUCACAAACUUUGAGUUUUAAAUGUUUAAACAUUACACUGUUUACAGAAUGGAUGCCAUCUGCCUCCUUGCUCUGAGAACAGCACACUCUGGUGACGGGCUGCAGUAUAGGUCAUAAUUCCCACCUCCUAAUGGAGCUGUGGACAAACUAUAAAUUAAUGACAGAAUAUAAAUGUUUCUCCCCCCUUGGUUGUGAUGUUGACAUGUAGUUACUGUCAGACUGGUUUGUGCUCAAGUCCUCUUUUUUCUGUACAGCUCCAUUUUUAUAAGUUAUUAGGGGGUUCAUGUUUUCUAUGAUUGACACUUGAUACAGCCAAUGGGUGUACAGAGAUUACGCAGGGGGAUACCAAAAACAUUUUGCCUUGAAAUUGGUAUAAUGACAGGAGGCGGAGUCACAUUGUCCACAUGAUAUACAGUCUCUGGUUUAUACUUAAGCCUAAAACUAAGUUUGUCGUAAACUACGCAGUAAAUCUGUUUGUAUUCUCGUCAAUGUUAGUUUGUCAAACUUUAAAUUCCCACUAACUUCAAGUAUAUUUAAGUGGGUAUUUUUACACUCUUAAAUUCAAGUUUAGACUCUCUAAGACUUUAAGUUUGUUAAAGUUUAUACCUCGUCUCUCCUAGGAUGCUAAAGUUCUGAUGGGUCAUUUUUCAGAAGCAGCGCUCAGAGGGCAAGUCAGCGCUGUUGUCGUGUGAAGAGCUUCUGAAGUUUGCCAACCAAACUCUGACCAUCAGUGAGGAAGAGGAGUUUUUAAAGGUUCCUAACAUCUAUGACUUUUUCAUUUUACGAUUUAUAUAUUUUAUCAUUUUAAAAUUUAUUAACUUUAUCAUUUUACAAUUUAUUUAUUUUAUCAUUUUACAAUUUAUCUACUUUAUCAUCUUACAACUUAUUUACUUUAUCAUUUUAAAUUUAUUUACUCUGUCAUUUUACAAUGUAUUUACUUCUUUAUUUUACAAUUUAUUCACCUUGUUAUUGUAAAUUUAUGAACUGUAUCAUUUUACAAUUAAUUAACCUAUCAUUUUACAAUUUAUUUAUCAAAUUAUUAUUUUACAAUUUAUUCCCUUUAUCAUUUAUUCACUUUAUCAUUUUUCAGUUUAUUUAGUUUAUCAUUUUACAAUUUAUUUAUUUUAUCUUUUUUCAAUUUAUUUACUUUGUCAUAUUACAAUUUAUUUUUUUUUAUCAUUUUUCAAUUUAUUGACUAUCAUUUUACAAUUUAUUUAUUAACUUUAUCAUUUUACAGUUUAUUUACUUUGUCAUUUUAGAAUUUAUUUAAUUAGUUCAUCACUUUGCAUUUAAUUUAUUCCUUUUUUCAUUUAACAAUUUAUUUGUUUACUUUAUCAUUUCACAAUUUAUUAACUUUUAUUAUUUUACAAUUUAUUUACUUUAUCAUUUGACAAUUUAUAAAGUUACUUUAUCAUUUUAAAUUUCUUUACUUUGUCAUUUUACAAUUUUUUUUAACUUUAUUAUUUUAAAUUAAUUUACUUAAUCAUUUCACAAUUUAUUCAUUUACUCUAUCAUUUCACAAUUUAUUAACUUUUUCAUUUUACAGUUUAUUUACUUUAUUAUUUUACAAUUUAUUCAUUGAGUGGGAUUGUGAAGCAUUCCCAUUAUAUGUUAUUCAUGUCUUUAUUGAGUGGGAUUGCAAAGCAUUCCCACUAUAUGUUAUUCAUAUCUUUAUUUAGUGGGAUUGCGAAGCAUUCCCACUAUAUGUUAUUCAUAUCUUUAUUGAGUGGGAUUGCGAAGCAUUCCCACUAUAUGUUGUUCAUAUCUUUAUCAUUGAGUGGGAUUGCGAAGCAUUCCCACUAUAUGUUAUUCAUGUCUUUAUUGAGUGGGAUUGCAAAGCAUUCUCACUAUAUGUUAUUCAUAUCUUUAUUAUUGAGUGGGAUUGCAAAGCAUUCCCACUAUAUGUUAUUCAUAUCUUUAUUAUUGAGUGGGAUUGAGAAGCAUUCCCACUACAUGUUAUUCAUAUCUUUAUUUUUAUCAUUAUUAAGUGGAAAUGCUGAUUCAGCAUUUCCACUUAUUGUUAUUCUGUUCUUUAUUAUUAUUAUUUUUCUUCCCCCAUUUCAACUCCUCCUCAGUUUGUGCUGUUUCAACUUUAUACUAUUCCUCUCCUUCAGGACAUUAUGGCUAUUACUUUUCACUUUUCUACCCUUUAUACUUUUUGUUGUUUUUUUACUUUCUGUGCCAAAAUUUUAACAUGGGAGUCAAUGGGGAAAUCUUCCAAUUCUUCUUAUUCUUCCACUUUCUGAGCCUAAUAACUUCAGCAUACUGUCACCUAGAGACCUAAUUUUUGCUUUAAAAUGUUCAUUAACCUGUCGACUAUUUAUGUUGUAUUCACUUUUUUGUGAUAUUUGUUUUCCCACAAUUUAGCUUUAAGCAACUCAUGGUUUUCAGCAAAUUUCAGGCUUCAUCAUGGGUGUGUAUUGGAGAGGCUAGAGUGUUCGAUUACAUCGCUAGAGUGCAGACCUCCUCUUGGAUCGACAGAAACUCACUGGAAUAUAUCGCUCCCACACCCACAAAUUUUACUCCACAGCCAUAAAAAAUACAUCAAAAUUGAGGUAUAUGUGUCCUGCUUCUCACAAAAGAGGUUUCAAAUUAUUAAAUCAUACCCCUUGGCCAGCAGGUGACCAACUGUCCAAAAAAGGCAAAGAACCCUGGGAUUGGCGCCAAUGCAAUUUUUCUCCAAGAAAAUCCUGAUCAUCACUCAGGCUCAGACUUUUUUAACUCACUGUUGUGGCCACAUUUUUUAGAGUACAGACAUAAAAAACACAUCAUUGUGUUCAUGAAGGGCGGAGGAUUCGUACGAUGUUCUUAUUUUCAUUCUGGGAUUUAAGGAAAUCAUGCUAUGUGAAGAAGCUCAGAGGCCCUAAAUUCACAGCAGUUCAACUGCUUCUCAUUCAAACAGUGGGUCAGUUAAUGCCUUUGAUCUCACAGCUGUUUAGGAUAAAAUCAUUAACGAGAGACACACACACACACACAGUCUGACUGUGUGUGUGUGUGUGUGUGUGUGUGUGUGUGUGUGUGUGUGUGUGUAUGUGUGUGGCCCCUAUCUCCUACCACAAACUUUGACCUACAGAAACCAUCAGGGCUCCAAAAAUUCAGCUCAUUGAGGACAUUAUGGGGUGUAUUUUGGAUUUUGUUAAUUAAUUGUAUCAAUAUGUUCAGCAGAGUCGUGGGGUUCUCACAAGUUUCUUAUCAUGAAUGUAGCCAUUACAGAGAAUGAGCAUCAGGGCAUAGUUUUGGAUUUUUUUUCUCAGCUUCAAGUCUUCUUUCUCCUGCUGUAGUUAUGCAUCUACCGUUCCCAUGGCAACUAAUUAGUGCACCUGGAGACACACAGCUGACUGGAAAGCUGCUUCUAAUGGCCAUAUGAGACACAUGAAGCCAGGCUCAGUACACAUAGAACUGGGGGUGACAUUUAAAACCCUUCACUAGAGCGCUUGACGAACUUAGGCCCCUAUCUCCUCCCAUGAACUUUGACCUACAGAAACCAUUUAGGGCUUCAAAAUUUAAGCUCUUCGAGGACAUUAUGGGGUGUAUUCAGGAUUUUUAUUCAUUUACAUUUUUCACAUUUUAAAGUCACCCAGUGAGGAUUUAUUAUUUAUUUUUUUAAACUAAUUUAAACUCAUUCAAACUUAUUCAAACCUUUCUGAUACUUAAAAACUUUCUGAUACUUGAGGAUUUUUAAUUAUUUAAAUUUUCUCUGUUUAAAUUAGUUUUCAUAUUCAUGCAUUAUUCCAUCCUUCAAACAAAAUCCCACCUCUAGAACUACAACUACUGCUUAUGUCAAUUAAAGUACUUUCCCCUCUACUUCAACUGCUAUUGCUCCUAUUUCUACUUUCUCUACUGCUGCUAUUGCUACUAUUUCUAUUUUCUCUACUACUUUGACUUAUACUUCUUUUAUUCUCAAACUACUUCUACUGCUUACAUGACUACAAAUAUCACUACUUGACUACUUAUCAUACUACUUCUAUUACUACAACUUAAACUUAUGCCACUUCUCACCUUCCUGCCUUUUAAGGCAAUUUCCUUCUUCAUUCAAACUUUGUGCAAUUGUAGACAUUUUUCUAGCAUCUUUCAGCAUGAAUAAAAUUUCCUUUUAUAGAGCAUAUUCAUACUAUUUGUCCUUCAACCAAUUAAAUGAUUAUCCAACUUAUAAUUCUUUUUCACCCCUUCAACAGCUUUAACAUUUAUACCUUCCUCUAUGUUUUAUUAGCAGUUUAGCAUUGCUUUUUCAGCUUUCAGCACUCAGCAUUUCCACGCAUUUUCUGCAAGGAAAUGCAAUUUUUCUAGUUUUCUAGCAACUUCCACCGUUUUUUGGCCCUCAACUACUUCCACAUACUUCCACGUAUUCAAACCAUUCAAACUUCAAAAUAUUCAUCUCAUUGAGGACAUUCAGGGAUGUAUUCAAAAUUUUCCUAAUGUUCAUAAUUUCCGAGUUAUUCACGGUUUUCCGACUGAUUUCUCCCAUUAGAAAUGAAUCACGGAUGUUCAAAACAGCUUCUUUUCUCCCUUUAAUUCAAAAGCCUUCAACUUCGCCAUACUUCAACAUAGAAACUUCAUUCAAAUUCAAACUUUAAAACAUUCACACACCUUCAGACAUUCACUCGUCUAUUCACGAUCUUCAUGGCAUUCAUACUUUUCUCACAGCGACAGUUCAAACAGUCAUGGGAUUUUCUGACCUCUUCAGGUUUUAACAUUAGUGUGUUUUGCAUGGAAUGUUGGCAGCUAGAGUGGGUGACCUCACUGCUAGAGUGAGACAGGCUGAAAAUUAAUCCUUAAAACUUUGUCUUUACAAAAGGAUUGUGGCAACUCACUUCACUAUACACCGAUAAUAUUUGGUACAGUGAUGGCAAAACUCGUUGUCACUCUUCAUCUCAUGUUAGCAGCUAGAGUGGGUGACCUCAUUGCUAGAGUGGGAGAGGCUUAAAAUUUACCCUCAAAACUUUGUCUUUACAAAAGGAUUGUGGCAACUCAUUUAACUCUACACAUAUAGUAUUUGGUACAGUGAUGGCAAAACUCGUCGUCACUCUUCAUCUCAAAAAUGAAAGCCGUAGGACACACACAGUGGCCUGGGCAGACACCAACUGCCACAGACAUCCCCUAAAUUUCUCCAGCUUUCUCCAUUGACUCCAAUAUAAACCUGAGCGGAAACACAAACUGGACAUGUUUUUAACUUGUUCUAGUGAAGGCAAUUUUGGCUCCACAAACACAGAAGUUGUACCAAUGUGUUCAGCCGGGACUUGUGGUUCUCACAAGAGCAUUAUAAUGAAGAUAGCAGUUACAGAGCAAGAGCAUUAGGGGGUUGUUUGGACAUUGCUCUCUCAGCUUCAAGCCCCCUUUCUCCAUCCUAGUGAUGCAUCUACAGUCACCAUGGCUACCAAUUAGUGCACCUGGAGACACACAGCUGACUGAAAAGCUGCUUCUAACGGCCUCAUGAGACACAUGAAGCCAGGCUCAGCACACAGAGUACAUGGGGUUACAUUUAAAACCCUUCACCAGAGCACUUUAACAAAUUUCAGCCCCUAUCUCCUCGCACAAACUUUGAGCCACAAAAACCAUGCAGGGCUCCAAAAAUUCAGCUCAUUGAGGACAUUAUGGGGUGUAAUCAGGAUUUUUAUUAAUUUGAAUUUUCCCCAUUUUUCAAUCACUCAUUGAUUAUGCAUGAUUUAAUUCUUCCAACUAAUUCCAACUCAUUUAAACUGAUUCAAACCUUUCUAAAUCUUCAAACCUCUCAUACUUGCAGAUUUUAAAUUAUUUUGAUUUUCCUUUUCCAAAUAAUUUUCACUAUUCAUUCAGUAUUAAAUUUUUUCAAACAAAUUCCAGCUCAUUUAAACUAAUUCAGACCUUUCUGAUACUUUAAGCCUUUCACAUAUUUCAGGGUUUUCAAUUUUAUUGUUAUUUUCAUAUGUAGAUUUUUUAAAAUUAUUAUUCAUUAAUUAUUCAAUUCAUUCAUCUGAAUUCAUUCAAAUUAAUUCAAACCUUCCUGAUCAUUAAAUUUCACAUAUUUUCAAAAUUCAGCCAUUCGCAAUAGCAGCAUAGCGAUAGCAAUUUAAAUAGGAGCAAUCCCAUUUGUAAUUUCUUCAGAAAUGGCAUUUUUUAGUUUACUUUACCAUUUUACGGUUUAUUUUUUAUUCAAUCAUUUCACAAUUUAUUAACUUAAUCGUUUUACAAUUUAUUUACUUUCACAUUUUACAAUUUAUUUAUUUGCUUUAUUAUUUUACAAUUUAAUUAUUUACUCUAUCAUUUCACAAUUUAUUAACUUUAUCAUUUUACAGUUCAUUUACUUUGUCAUUUAACAGUUCAUUUACUUUUUCAUUUUACAAUUUAUUUAGUUACUUUAUCAUUUUACAAUUCUUUUACUUUAUCAUUUUAUAUUUAUUUCCUUUGUCAUUUUACAAUUUCUUUACUUCAUCAUUUUACAAUUUAUUACCUUUAUUUUAAAUUUAUUUAUUUACUUUAUCAUUUUACAAUUAAUUUAUUAACUCUAUCAUUUCACAAUUUAUUAACUUAAUCAUUUUAAAGUUUAUUACAUUUGUCAUUUUAAAAUAAUUUAUUUUAUUAAUUUAAUAGUAUUUAUUUACUUUAUCAUUUUACAAUGUAUGUAUUAACUUUAUCAUUUCACAAUUUAUUAACUUAAUCAUUUUAAAUUUUAUUACCUUUGUCAUUUUAAAAUAAUUUAUUUUAUUAAUUAAAUAGUAUUUAUUUACUUUAUCAUUUUACAAAUUAGUUACUUUAUCAUUUUACAGUUUAUUUACUGUCAUUUUACAAUUUAUUUAUUUUAUCAUUUUAAAUUUAUUUACUUUCUCAUUUUACAAUUUUUUUACUUCAUCAUUUUACAGUUAUUUACUUUAUCAUUUUGCAAUUUAUUUUCUUUAUUAGUUUUACAAUUUAUUUACUUUAUCAUUUUUAAUUUAUUUAUUUAAUUAUUUUUUCAAAUUAUUUACUAAAUUAUUUUACAAUUUAUUGACCUGUCAUUUUACAAUUUAUUUAUUGGUUGUCAUUUUUUAAUUUAUUGACUUAAUCAUUUUAAAUUUAUUUACUUCAUCAUUUUACAAUACAUUUACUUCAUCAUUUUAUAAUUUAUUAAAUUUAUAAUUUUUAUAACUUAUUCACUUAAACAUUUUAUAAUUUAUUUAUUAGUUUAUAAUUUUAAAAUGUAUUUAUGUACUCUAUCAGUUUACAAUUUAUUUAUUUAUUUUAUCCUUUUACAAUUUAUUUACUUUAACAUUUCACAAAGAUUUACUUUAUCACUUUACAAUUUAUCUUCUUUAUCAUUUUUACAAUUUAUUUACUUCAACAUUUUACAAUUCAUUUACGUUUUCAUUUUACAAUUUAUUCACUUAAUCUUUUUAAAUGUAUUUACUUGAUCAUUUUACAAUAAGUAAAUAAAAUAAUAAAUCUUUGAGAAUUUCCCAGUUUGGUAUCUAUCUAUCUAUCUAUCUAUCUAUCUAUCUAUCUAUCUAUCUAUCUAUCUAUCUAUCUAUCUAUCUAUCUAUCUAUCUAUCCAUCCAUCCAUCCAUCCAUCCAUCCAUCCAUCCAUCCAUCCAUCCAAUUUAUUUACCUUAUAAUUUAACCAGGAAAGGAUAAGGAAAAAAUUCUUAGAAAAAAAACAUUCUGUAAAAUUGUUUUUGUUUUCUUUUUUCUCAGGCAGCCAAAGAUAUCAAAGAGAGGUGAGUACAAACCCUCAGUAUUCUAAAAACUGCACCGAUGUCUGUAGUUUGUCUGUACUUUGUAUGUAGUGUGUUUAUAGUUUCUUCCUAGUUGAUCCUUUUUGAUGUUUGUAAAAAUUAUCCUUUUUUAUCCUUUUUUUGGCUGAUUGACAUUUUGAUACAUUUUUUAAUUGACACCAUGGAUUACCUGCAAAAGCCAGUCUCUUGCUCAAAAUCCUUAGUACAUCUCUCAAAAGUAAAUAUCUGUGUCAAUGAACAUGUCAGUGCCAUCAGAAUGACAAGUCCUUGAGUCAUUGUGUACGGAUAAGACAGUCAAAUUGCUUAGUCAUGUUGUCAAUAUAACAGUGUACUCUGGAGGGAUGUUCUGAUGUAAACUAUGGCUAAAGUUUUGAUGACAAUCAUUGUAAAUUGUAAGUUACACCUCAGUGUAUGUGGGAGAUUGAUUGCAAGAGACUGUAAUUUGAUGACAGACCAUGUCAUUGCGAUACAGAAAAGAAAAAGACAGCACUGCAGAGCACAAUAAAAAAAACAAAAUAACAAAAGUAGAAAUGUGAACAUAGGACAAUUUCCUUAGGGAAAACUGGAAAUGCAGUGCUGUAGGAAUUACAGUACAGUCUUCCAACACCUCCUGAUGUUCCUGUCUGUUAGGCAACAAAUUGUUAUCCACAAAAUGUCACUCAUCCAAAAUGUCACUGUAUAUACUAUACUUACUGUAUAUUGUAAAAUGAAAGUCGAAUACUGCAAUAUUGUAUGAAGCAUUACAGAAAGUAUACAGUAUUACAGUACAGUGCCUAUUGUUAGAUUACAUACCUGUUCUGUCAACGAAAAGUCUGAAUGAUUGAGGACACAGUUGUUCUCCCAACAUUUGGCUGCACCCUUCGGCCAGCCUCAGCCAUUGUAAGCCCAUGAUUGAGAACGUGGUCUACAAGUGUAGCUCUUAUCUCAUCAGGAACGUGCAUAUGUCCUCUGCCUCUUCCUCUGUUUUGCCUCCCAACUCCUCCGCCACGCAGCCUCACUCCUCUUCCUCUUCCUCUCUCUGGCUGUUGACCCCGUCCAAUUCCUUGUCCUUCCAUUGUCAGACAUUGUAACAUUGUGUUGUGCCCUGGCAAUAUAUAUACUUGCCAGUUGAUGGUUCAUGAGAUGCACCUUUGAGCUAUUUCAGAAAAGUGGUUGAUCAUUGGUUGAUCUAAUGCUUCACACAUUUCCCACCGUUAGAGAAAGUCAAGAGUCACCUGGGAGCAAUUUACCAAUUCAGGACAGAUUCAGAAACGUCUAAUGGAAAUGUAUAGAAAUAUGCUUGAUAUAUUAUGACAGCUUGUUCAACCAUUUUGCGUGUAAAGACUUAUGCAAUGAACUAAUGCCUAAACGUUGUGGGGGGUGAGACUAUUCAACAGAGACCCAUUAUAAUACAUUUUGAUCAACAUGACAUAAGCAAUUGAUAAUGUAGAAAACUGCAGAAAAUUGUACAUAAUCAUUUGCAUGGCUGUACCAAAGCAUUUGCAAGUUGUUCAAAGAAAUGAGAAACUGCUUUUUUGAUGUGCACAAGUGGCACAAUGAUGUGAAGAUUGAACACGUAGUUUUGAGAAUUUAAAUUCUGAUCUGAGAAAUGUACCAAAGCAACUGAGAAAAACUGUAAAUACUUGAUAUUAACAAACGUUGGUUAUGAGAGUCUCCUCAAUCACAUAACCCCACCCACACUUUAACAAUCUCCACCCACAUAUGUCUCCAUGUUCAUGAUAAACCCUGCCCACUCUCACACUCUAACCCCACACCUGCUGGACCUGCCCUUCCCGUUGCCAGGGUAACCAUGGCGCCAGCAUUCCGGCUCACAGCUCGUCCAAUCGUGUCACAGAACAUGUCACAGUUUACCACGGACUUUAGUGCGGAGAGGGCAGAUCUUCAAAAACUCUAUUUUCUGCCAGGUAAGUCCGUCAGGUCAGGUGUGAUCGAACUUUAUUUAUUGACUGUUUUUUUCUUCUUUAUUUCCUUGAAUUUUCUGUUUUUAUAUGCUUGUUUCUGAAGCAUAGUUCGAGGUCGAGGUCAAAAUAGCGGGUCAGAAUAUUCAGCUGGAGGUCAUUAUCUGAUCUUACCUGACGCUCUCCAGGGUUCUUCACCUUGUUGUCAUGGAAACAAAACGGAGUCGUCUAACUCCUGAAUAUGUUACAGUUCCCAGAGCACCAGAGAUCGAUGUCUCAAGCUUAGUUGUUUGUGACAACAACAUCACUGUUGCCUGGCAACCAGCUGACGGUAAUGGUGGACAAGUGGAGCGAUACGAAGCGGAGUACCGAAAAACAAACCGCAACUCGACACUAAGAGCCACAGGAGAGGCAUGCUGGGAAAAAAUUGAUGACAUCAGAGAGACUUCCGUCACCAUCUCAGGUCAGAGUACAGAGAGUUUGUUUUCCAUUGAUCAGUUACAGAUUGUUUAUCGAUAAAUCUUGUGGGGAGAGAGAGAGUGGGAGAGAGAGUCUGAUGUUUGUAGUUGGAGAGCAGAAAGGUCAUGUGAUCCAGGUGAACGUCCAGGAUGAUGGAGGUUCUCAGCGAGCAGAAUUAAGAUCUGGUGUAGACCUGAUCCAGAUCCAACUCCAAGCUUUUAUCGAUGUGUUGCUGAAUUGAUCAGUUCUGUGUUUCCGCCUUAUCAGGUCUCAAAUUUGAUUCCCGCUUCAUUUCCAUUCGAGUCCGAGCCAAAAACAAAACGGCUGCUGGCGAGUUCUCUGAUCCUGUGGUCGUGGAAACCAAAGGUAAAUAAAUAGAUAAUGAGUGACACUGUUAAAGGAGACAAGGAGGAGGAGGAGGAGGAGGAAGAGUCACUUUGAGGAGAAUUUAAGAGCUGAAAUUUAACUUGAUAUAAUAUAUAUAUAUACUGUAUGUAUACAUACUGUGUACAUAUUUUGUUACAGCCUAUAAUUUCGGCUUUGACGCGGCGACUGCGCACACUGAGCUGAAGGUUGUCAAUGACACGGUGACCUGGGAGCCACAGGGGGUCAAAGGUCAUGACCCUCGCCUCAGAGGAAAGGAAAAUAAAUACAGGUAAGCAUCAGGUGAUGGAAUAUGUUUUUGGGGUCAGUAUUACAGAGGAUCAUUGGAGUUGUAGUUGUUGAGUAGUAUGUUGGGGUUGGUCUGAGGGAAAUCAGCCAAGCAGCCAAUAGCAGCUCUCAGGACUGGUCACAUGAUCACCUGCCUGACAGCGACCUUUUGACCUUUUGUUCUCUGAAUAACCUGUUUUUCGCGUCGACUGAAACAGACCUCCAAUCAGCUGACUGGCUAUUAGACUGUACUUGUUGCCACGGCGCCAGAGUUGACAAACAGUUCAGUGUUUUUUUUUGCUGGUGUUGAAUUCUGUCGGUGGUCAGAUAGAGGUUGAGCAAUGGUGAAAUGACUUGAUGUAGUUUUUUAAGUGAAUCUGAAAUAUUAAACUGUCUCUCUGCUGCUGUGUGUGUGUCUGCGUGUGUGUGUGUGUGUGUGUGUGUGAGUGUGUGUGUUUGUAAGUGUGUGUGUGUUCUCACCUUUUUGUCCCUCUACAGUCUCCGUACUGCGUCCUCUAUGACACGCUCAGGUAGCUGUAAUUUACUAGUUGCUUGGCAACAACUCUGUCUCCGAUCAAGCUCUUCACCUGCCAUCUAACCUUUGCAGCCAAUCACGUCAGCUGCUGACAUCACUGCUGACAUCACAUGUUUAUUUUCAGUGAAUUUUGUUUUUCUAUGUAAUAGUCCGACUUUUUACCUUCAUGCUAAUCUUUAAGUCGAUGUGACUGUUGAUGUUCAAAACAAUCAUUUAUUAACUUUAAAAACUAGACUCAGUAAAAUUCAGAUUUUAAAUGUCUGUCUGACUUUAUUUUGGUCAAUGACGAGCGUUUGAAUAACGGACUGUUUCCUGUCAGAUAAACUCUGUUUGAGUAAAACUUCGGAUUAUUUCUCAUUAUUUUAUCGUCUUUGUUUAUAUUUGUCAUUUUUCUCUCGCUGCAUCAUCGCUUUGGCACGAGCUCAUUGGCUGUUUCAUCUUCUUUUUUUACUCUUUUAUUCUGAAAGGGUUUAAGCUCCCACCCCUCUGAUCCUUUGAUGUUUUUUUAUUCGCAGAAGUGCCACGCCCUCACCCAAAAAGACGACAGCAGGCCGAACAGGACGGGAUCGAUUCGCAGGAGAGUCCUACACAGUCCUGGGUACUUUCACUGAGUACUACUACAGUAAUACUGAAGUCUAAGUACAACUACAUAAAUACUUUUUAUUAUAUACUACUACACAAAUACUUAACACUUAGGACUACUAAACAAAUACUCUUUACAGAGUACAACUACACUUAUACUCAAUCCUGAGUACUAGUACCUCAUAUUGACUGCUACUACACAAAUAUUUUAUACUGGGUACUACUGCAGUAUAUUUCAAAGUGCGUUCUAUUCCAGUAAUACCUCGUACUUAUCCCACUAACAUUGUUAAAAAUGAAAAGUGGAGUUUAUUUUGACAGAAACAACAGGAAGCUCUGGUUUCUAAGGCUUUUAAUUUGUAGUUUUUUCAGAUGAACUCUUCAAACAGAUCAAUUCUCAAAAAGUCUUUCCACUAAUAAAUCAGUAAAAUCAGUAAAUCAAUAUUUAUUGCUCUGAUGUCGCUCUUGUACCAGGUGACCAGGAGAUGACCAAUGACUUUCAUUAUUGGGAGCUCCGCCCCCUGGCUGAUUGGAAGUCAUUCAGUGUGGGCGUGGCUUACCGGGCAAGCCUGGGUCGCUACGACCAAUUAGGAAAGAGUGCAGGUUCAUGGUGUCUCAAUGCCAGCCAAUGGCUGCAGAGCUCUCUUGCUGUAAAGCACAACAAUAAAGCCAAGGUUCUGGAUUGGCCGAUCCCUCAGCGGAUAGGAAUCUACUGUGACUACGAAAAUGGUACGUCCAAAACAAAGAUCAGACUGGGGACAAAUUUAUUUAUAAAUAAUUUAAACCUUUUGUGACUCUGUCUUAAGGGGUCAUGUGACUCUCUGUUGGUCAUGUGACUCAGGUGUUUGUUGGUCAUGUUACUUAGGUGUCGUAUCUCUCUGUGUUUCAGGCGAAUUGUUUUUUCUGGACGUCGAUCGUCUUCGUCUUCUUCACACCUUUAAAACGAAGUUCAGUCAGCCCCUGGUCCCUGCCUUUACUGUGAGUACUGCAGAAAUACUACAUUACUAGUACAGCAAUAGUAUUACUGCAGAAAUAUUACAGUUCUAGUACAGCAAUAGUAAUACUGCAGAAAUACUCCACUACUUGUACAGCAAUAGUAAUAUUAAUGGUGAUACUUGCAGUAGUAUUGCAGUAUUAACAGUAUUAUUACUGUGUUACAGGUGUGGUGUGGGGGCAUCACCAUAACGACUGGCCUGCAGGUGCCGAGCUUCAUGGGUAAUUUUCGCUCCACCAAUCGGAGUCUGAGUGACUUGUCUCAAUAG